GUUUCAAAACUAACGCGCUCUCGUUCCAUGACUCAUGAUCUCGCGAGCUCUCCGUCUUCACUGCUGUCGGCGUUGGUACUAUUUUGUUAUGGACUGUUUUGAGUUAGUCGCCCACCACCAGUAAACAAUGGACCGAGCUUCAUAAAGGAUUCAGUGUGUUUCUGCUGGACUUGCCACAGAGAGGAUGUUCCCCUGCCUGGCCCACAGACCAUGGCAAGUCCUCUGCCGGGUCUCCCUGCAACAACGAGCCCCUUUAUCUCAGAGAGCCUCUAAAAUCGCAAAGCCAUGUUUUGGUUGGCAAAGUGGAAGAGGAGUGCACAAACUCUGGUUUAGCUUCCCCAAUUCCAGAGUCACUUCCUCAAUGUGGACACGGGUUCAGAACUGUUCCACAACAGGCAGUGAUAAAGACGGAUCUCCAGCCGGCCCUGUAGAGCCAAAGCCCACUGAGAAACAACAAGCUGCACAGCCCUCUGCAAAAACAGCUGGUACCAAACCUCAAGGGCCGAUGAAAGCAGAGAACAUUCAAGUGAAAGUACGGGCUGUCCUGAAAAAAAGGGAAUAUGGCCCCAAAUACACCAAGAAUAAUUUCAUCACUGCAGUCAGGGCUAUGAACGAGUUCUGCCUCAAACUCAGUGACCUUGAGCAGCUCAGGAAAAUCCGUCGUCGUAGUCCCCAUGAUGACACAGAAGCCUUCACCGUCUUCUUGCGAUCAGAUGUGGAGGCAAAAGCGCUGGAUGUAUGGGGAAGUCAAGAGGCAGUUGCUAGGCAGAGGAAUCUCAAGAAAAAUGUGGAAAGGGAAUACCAGGAAAACAUAUUUAGAAACCAGAUGCUGCUGAAGGAGUACAAAGACUUCUGGGGGAACACGAAGCCUCGGUCUAGGAAGAGAGCGACAUUUCUACAUGGACCUGGAAAAGUGGUGAUGGUGGCUAUGUGCAUAAAUGGACUGAACUUUUUCUUCAAGCUGUUGGCGUGGGUUUAUACAGGAUCUGCCAGUAUGUUUUCAGAAGCCAUCCACUCACUGGCUGAUACCUGCAAUCAAGCACUUCUUGCACUAGGCAUCAGCCAGUCUGUCCGGAACCCAGACGCCUUCCAUCCGUAUGGCUUCUCCAACAUGCGUUACAUCGCCUCUCUCAUCAGCGGAGUCGGCAUCUUCAUGAUGGGUGCUGGCUUGUCCUGGUAUCAUGGCAUUAUGGGACUCCUGCACCCUCAGCCAGUAGAACCAUUGCUCUGGGCUUAUUGUAUUUUAGCAGGAUCUCUGGUAUCUGAAGGAGCUACACUAUUAGUGGCCAUUAACGAGAUCAAGAAGAAUUCAAGUAAACAAGGCUUGUCUUUUUAUGAGUACGUGAUGCAAAGUCGAGACCCCAGCACUAACGUGGUCCUGUUGGAGGACGCUGCUGCUGUGCUCGGGGUGGUGCUGGCAGCUGGAUGUAUGGGACUAACGUCUCUUACAGGUAACCCCUGCUAUGACAGUCUGGGUUCUCUGGGUGUGGGCACCCUGUUAGGAACCGUGUCUGCAUUCCUCAUCUACACUAACACCGAGGCUCUGCUGGGUCGCUCCAUAAAAGCCGAGGAUGUGCAGAAGCUCACAGAGUUUCUAGAAAAUGACCCUGCUGUCAGGGCGAUUCAUGAUGUCAAAGCCACAGAUAUAGGGCUGAGCAAAGUGCACUUCAAGGCGGAGGUGGACUUUGAUGGGCGGGUGGUGACACGCUCAUACCUGGAGAAGCAAGACAUUGAACAGAUCCUCAAUGAUAUUCAGCAAGUGAAGACGCCAGAGGAGCUGGAGAACUUUAUGUUGAAGCAUGGGGAGAACAUUAUUGACACCUUAGGAGCAGAGGUGGACCGUCUAGAGAAAGAACUUAAGCAACGUAAUCCUGAGGUGCGACAUGUGGAUCUGGAGAUUUUAUAAGGUCAUGACACAUUGCCGAAUGGGGAUCAGGAUGGAGUGGAAGGAAAACUAAUCAAACGUCGAGCGACCAUCAUGAGCACUCCCAUUCUCUCCAACCAGCCAAUCAGCUGAGGUCUUAUGCUCCGCCCAUCGCACAUCAGCCAAGCACUAACCUGUGCAUGGUUUCAGUAGCUGUUGAAAUAAGAACCAUAGCCAAUACAGAGAGGACACCAACUGGACAUGGUUAUGAUUAGAGCUGCACGAUUAAUCGUUAAAAGAUCGCGAUUUAAUUUCUAAAAGACAACGAUUCCCCAAGUCUGUUAAACCUUUGAAAAAGUCUUACUGAAUCAUUAAAAUCUGUGUUUGCACUGCCGCUUACACAGAGAGAGCACUUACCAUGUUUGUUUAAGAAACAUCUUCACACACUGUCUUUUCAACUACACAGUAUUAUUUCUGUCUUACGGUACAGUCAAAGAAAUACUGGGGUGGAAGUUUAUAGUUCAGAUAUAAUCAAAAUAGAACAAAUCCCCUUUUGAAGAACAAGGUAUACUUCAUACCGAGUUCGUUUUCAUUCUUCGUUCGGGGGCAAAAAGAAGUUGGAAAAGGCUGAGCGACAGUAUACUGUUUUCAAACAUUCUGACACCCCCACGCUGUCAAGUAUCAUGUCUGCAAUAAAAAAGAACCAUAAUCAGUCCUUUAUGGGAAGUGUGAAUGUCAUUGAAUCAUCGGGUCAAACAACUUUUUCAAUUUUAAUAUAAAAAAUGGGUCUAUUAAAUAUAUUA